AUGGAAAAAGAGAUGAAAAAUCUUCCGAUGGAUGAGGAAGAAAGCCAAGAUGCACUGGUUGACUACGACAGUGAUAGCAGCGUGGUCACGGUGGUAGAGAGAGAAAGAGGUUGUGAGAAAACAAUAAGUAAAGAUGAAGAAGAAAAAGAGAACAAGAAGGAGACUGAAGCAAGGGGUGCAAUCCCAAAACACAGCAAUCAAAAACCGAAGGUUGUGGAAAACGUGGAUGUGACAAAUGCAUGGGUAGAGAAUCGCCCUGUACUACCGAUAGGAACGAAACUGCUAUACGAGAAACAAGAAAAGAUGGUUGCGAAAGUGGACUCGGUAUUAAAGAUGUUGGAUAAGGUUAUGACCCAAGCAACCUCCAUGAUGGAAAAUAUGAUAGAAGUCGCUCACGUAAAUUUAGAGAAAGAGAGACUGAAGAUUAGACGUUUAGAGGUAAAUAAGCAGAAUACGCAAAGUAAAGUAGAAAACAGUAUACAAACGGUUAAAGAAUCAGAAGUAGAGCCUAAAAAGAAAAAGUUAGAUGAAACAAUCUGUUCAGCCGAGAAAAACAGAAGUUUAGAGACAAUUAAGAGUGCUUUAGAGGCUGUGUCAAUUAAUGUACCAGAGCUGAGGAAUGUAGAUUUAAUUAGAAGACAAACUAAUCUUAAAGAAAUGAACACAGAUGAAAUAAAGUCUUUUAUGAUGCAGUUAGAAGCAGAGAUUAAGAGCGAGAAUAGAGAUAGAGAUAAACUAGAGAAACCCGAAAUAAGG